AUGGCUUUCAUCAGUGAUAUCCAAAUCGCGGACAUUCGAAAGACUUUAACCACGAAGGAAGCUGCACGUGAAAUCAUUGACAAUUUUUUGCCUUUGCUCACCCAGUCUUACAUCGACGACAGAAUUCCACAUCCAAAUGUAUAUAACCGACAAGCAGAUCAUGUUACAGAAGAUUUGCUACCAGAAGGAUUUGAAACAUGGAAACCGUUAAGGGCAAAUGCUAAUGGUAAUUGUCUUUUUAACUCUGUGUCAAUCCUCUUGGUUGGUAAUGAAACCUUGAAUGUCAUUUUGCGUUUGCUAACAGUAGCAGAGUUAUUUGCCCACUCUGAAUUUUAUGCUGCUCAUCCACAGAUUCCCGAGAUGGCUCAUGCAUCUGGCUAUUCCAAUUUCCAUCAUGUCCUUCACAUCAACCAUAUCGCCAACAGUUCCCUACGACUGACCAACCCAAGACAACCUCGAAGACCACUAAACCAAAUAAAUUUCCAUCACGUCCUUCAGAUCAACCCCAUCGUCAACAGUUCUCUACCACUGGCCAACCCAAGACAACCUCGAAGACCACUAAACCAAAUAAAUUUCCAUCAUGUCCUUCACAUCAACCAUAUCGCCAACAGUUCCCUACGACUGACCAACCCAAGACAACCUCGAAGACCACUAAACCAAAUAAAUUUCCAUCACGUCCUUCAGAUCAACCCCAUCGUCAACAGUUCUCUACCACUGGCCAACCCAAGACAACCUCGAAGACCACUAAACCAAAUAAAUUUCCAUCAUGUCCUUCACAUCAACCAUAUCGCCAACAGUUCCCUACGACUGACCAACCCAAGACAACCUCGAAGACCACUAAACCAAAUAAAUUUCCAUCACGUCCUUCAGAUCAACCCCAUCGUCAACAGUUCUCUACCACUGGCCAACCCAAGACAACCUCGAAGACCACUAAACCAAAUAAAUUUCCAUCAUGUCCUUCACAUCAACCAUAUCGCCAACAGUUCCCUACGACUGACCAACCCAAGACAACCUCGAAGACCACUAAACCAAAUAAAUUUCCAUCACGUCCUUCAGAUCAACCCCAUCGUCAACAGUUCUCUACCACUGGCCAACCCAAGACAACCUCGAAGACCACUAAACCAAAUAAAUUUCCAUCAUGUCCUUCACAUCAACCAUAUCGCCAACAGUUCCCUACGACUGACCAACCCAAGACAACCUCGAAGACCACUAAACCAAAUGAAUUUUCAUCACGUCCUUCAGAUCAACCCCAUCGUCAACAGUUCUUUACCACUGGCCAACCCAAGACAACCUCGAAGACCACUAAACCAAAUAAAUUUCCAUCACGUCCUUUACAUCAACCCAAUCGUCAACAGUUCCCUACGACUGGCCAAACCAAGACAACCUCGAAGACCACUAAACCAAAUGAAUUUCCAUCAUGUCCUUCACAUCAACCAUAUCGUGAACAGUUCCCUACGACUGACCAACCCAAGACAACCUCGAAGACCACUAAACCAAAUGAAUUUUCAUCACGUCCUUCAGAUCAACCCCAUCGCCAACAGUUCCCUACCACUGGCCAACCCAAGACAACCUCGAAGACCACUAAACCAAAUGAAUUUUCAUCACGUCCUUCACAUCAACCCAAUUGUCAACAGUUCCCGACUACUGGCCAAACCAAGACAACCUCGAAGACCACUAAACCAAAUGAAUUUCCAACACGUCCCAAACAUCCACGUUAUAGUCAACAAUCCUCUACCAUUGACCAACCCACACGUGAAACAUCAAACUUAAAAUCAGCAAAAGUUCAAAAAGGAGAUGAAGUCGAAGGGAAAAGAUCCAUUCAUACACCAAAGUUAAGUAACACAUCAUGUGAAAAAGCAGGAAUUUCUGCGACGUAUGAUAUGUUUUCUAGGCCAAAGCAAAUCAAGCGAAUCCGAGGUUCAAAAAACGAGAUAGCACACUCACCAAAUAAACCAGCAACAUCAGUUGCCGAAAGUUGUACUACCGCAAGAUUCUUGUCACACUUUAAAACCGGUACAGCUGAUGCUACAUUUGAAGAGAAUGCAGAAAGAUUUGCUGAAAAUGUUCAAGCACGGUCAGGAAAGGAUACAAAAGAACCCAAAAAACUGCUUCCGUUGUCUGGACCAGGAAUAGAAUGGUACCAAGAAAAAGGAGUUAACGCCCUUACAAAUGUUUCUCGGUCAGAAGAGAGAGCAAAUAGCAGUUUUGACGAGGAUAUUAAUGAAUGUCAAUACAUAGUACGUGGUUCAGCCACCGGAAACCUAAAACAAAACGUCGAAGCUCUUUUUAAAAAGCUGAGCGAAGCAGGCUCAGAAAAGCAACAAAAACAUUUAGCAUCAAUGAUUAGUAUAGCGAAUUAUAUCAUUGAAAACGGACCUAUAGUUCCAACGCAAGAUCUCGCAAAAAUUUAUAAAGAAUUAAAAGGAAUUGAUGUUGUGCAACGUGUUGUGUCGUCAACGUUACUUGGGAUAAUGGCAAAACAUUUAAACGUUGCUCAAAUAUACAUGAACGGUAAAGGUUACAUCAUAGAAAAUAGAGGAAAGGAGUUACUAGAUGUAUUAAAAAGCAUGGAAAACAUUCAUAACGUUGAUCAAAAUACAAUUAACGAAAAAGUUGAAAAGGUUAUUGGCAGUGACUUUGAUAUCAUAUGCGAAUAUCUCGACAGUAAACGGGAUAGGGACACUUUGAAAGCUAUCCUUACAAAGAUAACAAGUGCAAAUUUUAUGGCAAAGCUGGCCGACGUUUCAGAUAAACGUAGUUUUCAACGAUCAAAACAUCAAGUGGAUCUAAAUCUUCAGUUGUUUAAAGAAAUGAAGAAAGAUCUGGAACAGAAUGCCGACAUGACUGUAACUGGUGAGGCUGAAAGAAGAAAGAAGCAUAGGCUAUUACAGAAGAUGAAACUUGAAAAACUCCGUCACACAUUUGAAGGCAGGGGACGAAUGCUCAAAUGCGAGGAAUUCCCAGAUUUAUCUGCUGUUUUAGAGUUUGCAUUUGGUGAAUCUGAUCGAAUAGAAAGAGGAGGUGGUGGCCUGGAAAGCCACCCUCGACUUACUGAUACUGUACUGUACCGUUCAGCAGACAGCAACACAAUAAUGAAGCAUGCAAGAGAAACCAUUUUGGCAUUGGCACCGAAAGAAUUCAACAUCAGUCUCUCCUCGUGUUUCAAUUACACGCAGAAUUAUAAGGAAGGAACAUACCAAGCUAAGAGGCACCACUCCGGAAAGGGAAUUAAUGCAUGCCUAUCUCUCCACAAGCCACCACGUAUCGGUGCCGAAAAAUUUGUAAUAAACCUUCGAUGGUCAACACAUAACGUCAACCUUUCAAUGGACUAUGCCUAUUUACAUUCACAGAAUGUUAUGAUAGACUCUAAAGACGCGAAGGCAAAAGUACAUGCAGACGUUUCUCCCGUUCAAAAACCCGGAAGAACGAGGCGCAAAAUAACCCUCCCAGAUCAUGACUGGAGUGGUUUGGCACACAACGCUAUUACCCCUAUGACUCACUUGUUUAUGGAAACGGAGUUGCAGUUCGAAGAAGAGAGUGAUGAAGAUUAUUAUUACUCAGUUAAACGAAGCGGUGCAGCUGCCAUUUUACUCAACCUUGCUUAUUUCGAACCGGAAACGGUCCAAAGAGUUUUCAACGAAAUAUUUUUACUUUUGAGUAAUCCAGCACUCGACGAAUACUUUCGAAAUUCUGACACAGGAAAAUUAAAGGAACAUUUCAUUUUUAUUGUAGACAAUGGUCCAUCUGAAGCUCCCUCAAACUCGUUGGUUAAAAUGUGGUUGGUUCGCUUAGCUCGGAUUCUACAGCUGAAAUCAAUUACGCAAAAAUCGUUUGCGAAAUAUCACAGCAAGCGCAAUCCCGUAGAAAGAGUUCACGCUGUCGAAAACCGUGCGUUAUCGAAUAAAGUUUUCCCAAGUAAAGGUGUACAUAAAGAUUACCAGAUAGGUAGUAAGCAACAUUUAGACAACAUGGAGUACAUGGCAAGAGAAGUUCAGCAAUGUUUGGAAAGGGCUCAAUACGGCGGAAGACCAAUAGUAACUCUGCGCGGAAUUGGCUUCAAUGAAAAGUUUGUAUUUGACGACGAAGAACAACUUGUAAACUUCUUAGGACGAAGUGAACGGCUAAAGAAUGAGGACGACGGCCAUUACUAUCCAAAACAAAACAAACUUUGGCAGGAGGUAGCGUUGAUAUGGAACUUGAACGCAGAUUUCGUAGGAUGUUAUCGUGAGGACUAUCAGACCCUUGAGAACACGUUGAAUGAGGAGGGAGAACACACUUGUUGGGCUGAUAAGUAUUCAACAACAAUAUUAAACCGCGAUAUCGAUAUUGCUCAAGAGCACAUAGAAAGUUUAACUUCGCAGCCAAUUCCUGAUUACGUAAGAUGGUACAAUACAGGUGGAGAACUGCAUUAUCUGCCACUAGAAAAAGUCAUAUCUCUACAAACAGAAGUGGUUGACGCAACACCCGGAAUAUAUCUUCCAUCAACCGUGUUAGACAUCGCGUACAAGGUGUUUAAAUAUGAUGUAGAAAACAUAAUACAGUGCAUAGCUCUUCUGUGUUGGUGUACUGAAGACGAAGUGAGACAAUACUUCAAAACAUAUUCUGAAAAACUUGAUAAAGCGUUUGAAAACGACAAAGAACGCGAUUACUGGAGGCAACAUGACUUGUACAAGACUAACGAUAAAGCAGGAUUAAAACGUCUAUGCCAGCAGCACAACCUUUCGCCAGAAGGUAAAAAACAUGAACUAGUGAAGCGAGUGGCUGAGAAAUUGGGUCUCCCUCUUCCAGCAACACUAGAAAGGUAUGAUGGACACUUAGAGUUAAUCCCAGAAUCAAUUACGGAACUUUCACGCAUGUCAGUCUACAAACUACGAGAAAUUCUUCGCUACCACAAUUUACUUGAUUGUGGGACGAAAGAUGAACUCGUCGUUAGAGUUGGAAUGCUUGUAGCUGGAAAGGGGAGACUUGCCUUCCAAAGGGAAGUGUUUGCAGUGAGGAACCUUAUAACAGCAACCAAAACUUUGAUAUACCACCAAAAACGACUGUACUUGCUAGAUCCGAAGGUUAUACAUAAAACAAGAACAUUUUCUACUCGUUCAUGUCCGACUGUUAGCGCAUCACGCCCAAGGGAUAGUGCGUCGAUUUUCAGCACGAAAACGAAAGCAUUUAUUCAGCUUCCUGCUGAUAUAACCAUGGAAACACUUGACAACGUUCUGCAUCCUAUGGAAUUGGAGAUUGUAUUGUAUGAUAAAAGUACUAUAAUUAAGCAUUGCAAAAGUGAAGAAAACUCACAUGUACAGGCAAGCAUCAAAGCCAUCAGGUCAGUUAAUACCAAAGUGCUAGCAUGGUGGAGUAAAGAAGAGAUUGGCGAUACUGGGUGGAAAUCUGGUGAGACCCUGAUACAUUAAAUAUAUAGAGAAAAUAUUGUAAUACAUAUUGUACUGGUCAGAAUGGUAAGUAAUAUAUAUAAAAUGAGAAAUUUAUUUAACAGGUUGGUACAGAGCAAAAGUGGUAUCCUACAACGAAGGUACAGAUGUUAUUCAGCUGGAAUUCGAUAAAGAGAAAGGAGAGACGUAUGACUAUAAUGUUGAAAAAGAAGUAGAUGCAAACAGGCUAAAGCUAGCCAAAGAUACGCAAAAGAAAAUAGAUCAUUAUCAAGAAAUAUUUCAAAUUGGAGCAACAGUUGAAGUGAGCUGGUCAAAAGAAGAUCUAAUCGACACAAACUGGCUAGUUGGUAAGAUAUAAACUAUUUCCAAUAACUUUCAGUUUUUAAAUUUUAGCAUGCAUAUUCUCUCAUGUAAAUAUGAAAAAGGGCCUAGAUGCUCUAUGUUGUCUUGGAUGUUGCUCAACUUGGGAUGUUGCUCAAGUUUCAAAAUUAAAAGCUAAAAAACACUCGCCUGGUUGCCACCCGAGUUAAACUGAAAGGACAUUUUUCAUUUAUCUGGAUUAUAGGUUAGUUGUACAAGGCUGAUGUUUUCCAUUAGAAUUAAGUGUGGCAGCAUUCAGUACAAGAGUAAGCAAUACGUUUAUUAUUUGACAAAACACCACAAUUAAUUAAUCUUGUUUCGUACAAAAUUAUUGUUUUGUAUAGGUUGGCAUGAGGCAGAAGUACAGUCAUUUGACAAAGACGAUGAUGAAGUUGAUGUUGUAUUUUUGAAAAAUCCAGAGUGGACAUACACAAUUGCCGUUCUUCCAAACUUAAUAUCUGGCAAACUGCAACUGAAGCAGAAGUUAUUUUGA